ACACUCAACAAGAUUAGUCCGGCAGUCAUGUCUCCAGUGCCUCGACCGCCUCUACAGGUUAGAGCGUCGCGUGCACGAGGAAAUCCAGGAGGUUCACAGUGUCAUGAAUCUCCUUGACAACUACCAGCCAGAUGCCACAAUGGAAGAUUCGGACGGAUGUUAUAGCACCAUCGACUCCCAAGCUGGACUUGAUAGCCUCAAUGCUAUUCUACCGCCUGAAUCUUCGCACGACCCCUGCUUCGUGCUACAGCAUGCACUCCAUAAAGCAUCGUUCGGGGUCGUGCAAUCAUUAUCAGAAGGUACAGAAGGUGAGUUGCUGUAUAUGCAGUAUUUCUUUGAACGCUUACCAUGUACAGGCUUAUUGCCCCAUGGAGCCCGCAGUUGUGCCGACUAUGUAACUCGGACUCAGCACAGCAUGUACUCUGCAGGCACUCCGGCAUUUCCUGACCCGGGUGUCAUGGAAUCGUCAUCAGAUGGUGUGGAUGCUCGCUUCGAUUUACCGCUCCAUGGCGCGUCCAAUUCCAUCCAUGAGCUUGCUGCGAAACCCUUCCAGGGAAUUUAUCUUGAGGAAAAUGCACCAUCGAGUUUUGCAGCCAGACCCGACGUGGAACUGUUAGUCCCUGUUGGGCAGGUUAGCCAAGCAAAGGUGAAAUGCACCUGGGAGAGGUGCUCGGCACUCGUCAACAAGGAUAAUCUCACUCGUCACGUCAAAGAGGUGCACGAGGGGAAGAUUAAGGCUGUUUGUGCAUGCUGCGGAAAGGAGUUCAAGCGUCCGUACCAGAUGAAUGAGCAUAAGCUUCGGACCGGAUGUGGAAUGUCCUAGUGGUUUUGUAUAACAAAGUCGCUAGAGAUUUGAUGAAAUGAUU